GAUCCUGGGCAGAAUGGAGGAACGCACAGAGCCAGGCUCAGCACCAGGGCUGGGGGAACAGAGGGCACUAAUUGACAACCCUGCCGACAUCCUGGUCAUUGCGGCUUAUUUCCUGCUGGUCAUUGGUGUCGGCUUGUGGUCCAUGUGCAGAACCAACAGAGGCACCGUUGGCGGCUACUUCCUGGCGGGACGAAGCAUGGCGUGGUGGCCGGUCGGGGCCUCUCUCUUUGCCAGCAACAUCGGCAGUGGCCACUUCGUGGGCCUGGCAGGGACGGGAGCGGCAAGCGGCCUGGCUGUGGCUGGAUUUGAGUGGAAUGCGCUGUUUGUGGUGCUGCUACUUGGCUGGCUCUUCGUGCCCGUGUACCUGACCGCGGGCGUCAUUACGAUGCCACAGUACCUGCGCAAGCGCUUUGGCGGCCGUCGAAUCCGCCUCUACUUGUCUGUGCUCUCGCUUUUUCUGUACAUCUUCACCAAGAUUUCGGUGGACAUGUUCUCCGGGGCAGUAUUCAUUCAACAGGCUCUGGGCUGGAACAUCUAUGCCUCCGUCAUCGCGCUUCUGGGCAUCACCAUGAUCUACACUGUGACAGGAGGGCUGGCAGCGCUGAUGUACACGGAUACGGUGCAGACCUUCGUCAUUCUCGCGGGGGCCUUCGUCCUCAUGGGUUACGCCUUCCACGAGGUGGGCGGGUAUUCGGGGCUUUUCGACAAAUACCUGGGGGCAAUGACGUCCCUGACGGUGUCCGAGGAUCCGGCGGUGGGCAACAUCUCCAGCUCCUGCUAUCGACCCCGGCCCGACUCCUACCAUCUGCUCCGGGACCCUGUGACGGGGGACCUGCCGUGGCCUGCGCUGCUUCUGGGGCUUACCAUUGUCUCAAGCUGGUACUGGUGCAGCGACCAGGUCAUAGUGCAGCGCUGUCUGGCUGGGAAAAAUCUGACCCACAUCAAGGCGGGCUGCAUCCUGUGCGGCUACUUGAAGCUGAUGCCCAUGUUCCUCAUGGUCAUGCCGGGCAUGAUCAGCCGCAUUCUUUACCCGGACGAGGUGGCGUGCGUGGUGCCAGAGGUGUGUAAGCGCGUGUGUGGCACCGAGGUGGGGUGCUCCAACAUCGCCUACCCGCGGCUCGUCGUGAAGCUCAUGCCCAACGGUCUGCGCGGACUCAUGCUGGCGGUCAUGCUGGCCGCGCUCAUGUCCUCGCUGGCCUCGAUCUUUAACAGCAGCAGCACGCUUUUCACCAUGGACAUCUACACGCGCCUGCGGCCCCGCGCGGGCGACCGCGAGUUGCUGCUAGUAGGACGGCUCUGGGUGGUGUUCAUCGUGGCCGUGUCGGUGGCCUGGCUUCCCGUGGUGCAGGCGGCGCAGGGCGGGCAGCUCUUUGAUUACAUCCAGUCGGUCUCCAGCUACCUGGCGCCGCCGGUGUCGGCCGUCUUCGUGCUGGCGCUCUUCGUGCCCCGCGUCAAUGAGAAGGGCGCCUUCUGGGGGCUGAUCGGGGGUCUGCUGAUGGGCCUGGCGCGGCUGGUUCCCGAGUUCUCCUUCGGCUCGCGCAGCUGCGUGCGCCCCUCGCCGUGCCCCGCGCUCCUCUGCCGCGUGCACUACCUCUACUUCGCCAUCGUGCUCUUCGUCUGCUCCGGCCUCCUCACCCUCGUGGUCUCGCUGUGCACACCGCCCCUCCCGCGCAAGCACCUCCACCGCCUGGUUUUCAGUCUCCGGUACAGCAAGGAGGAGCGCGAGGACCUGGAUGCUGAGGAGCUAGAAGGUCCAACCUCAGCCCCUGUACAGAACGGGUGCCCUGAGCAUGCGGUGGAGAUGGAGGAGCCCCCGUCCCCAGCACCAGGCCUGUUCCGCCAGUGCCUGCUCUGGUUCUGUGGAAUGAGCAGGGGUCGGGCAGGCAGUCCCCCACGCCCUACCCAGGAGGAGAUGGCUGCCACAGCCAGGCGACUGGAGGACAUCAGUGAGGACCCAAGCUGGGCCCGAGUCGUCAACCUCAAUGCCCUGCUCAUGAUGGCCGUGGCCACGUUCCUCUGGGGCUUUUAUGCCUGAGGUCAACUGUGUCGGGCGCCAUGAGCCACAGCUUUGCAGCAAGCAGGGGUGGGGAGCCUGCAGUGGUGAGAAGGGCCUGCGGCAGGAGAGUGUGGGUGAAGGCCCUGGUACCCCUUCUCUCCACCUUGUCUCUGCCUGAGGCCCAGUCCAUCUGAUUGGUAGUCACUUCCUUGGCCAACUGGCCACAUUGGUGCCCCUAAGCAAAAAUAAAGCUGCCUUUCCCAG